AUGGCAUACACCCCAGACCAAGUAGACCGCUACCUCCAGCACAUCGACUUCCCAGCCUCCAAACACCCCCCGGAUGCGCUUCAGCGGCUCACGCAGCUCGUAGCCCGACAAGUCGCCCGCGUGCCGUUCGAGUCCUUUGCGCUGCACUACUCGCAGCACAAACGGCUCUCGCUCGACCCGGAGGCGCUCUUUGAAAAGAUUGUCGUGCACGGCAAGGGCGGGUACUGCAUGGAGCUCAACGCCUUCUUCGGCGGCAUGAUGCGCGGCCUGGGAUACCGCGUGCUCAACGCCGGCGGCAGGGUCAAGACGCCCGCCGGAUACACGGGAUGGAGCCACAUGGUCAACAUUGUCACCGUCGGCGACACCCGGUACAACGUGGACGUCGGGUUCGGCUCGCACGAGCCCAUGCAGCCCAUCCCCCUCCGGCACAACUACACGUUCACCCAGAUCGCGCCGCGGGAGGGGAGGCUCGAGCACCGGAGCGUCUCGCAGCACACGGACGCCUCGCAGCGCGUGUGGGUGUACUCGACGCGCGAGGACGCCUCGGCGCCGUGGGAGGAGCGCAACAUGUUUGUCGAGACCGAGUUCUUCCGCGCCGACUACGAGGCCAUGAACCUGAGCACCAUGUCCGCCGCCACGAGCUUCUUCGUGCAAAACGUCAUUGGCAUGAGGGCCGUGCUCGACGCCGCCGGCGACGUCGUCGGCGUCUACACGCUCUUCGGGGCCAGGGUCAAGAGGCACAUGAGGCACGCCGAGGCCGAGGUCGUGGCCGAGCUGGCCGACGAGGACGCCAGGGUGAGGGCCAUUGACGAGUACUUUGGCGUGAAGCUGACGGCCUUGGAGGCGAGGGGCAUCAGGGGACUGGCGACCGAGUUGAGGGCCAAGGGGACCGAGUAG